AGAGGACGAGACUAUGAGUGAAGAGUGCCCUGGAGAUCGAAUGUACUUCUUUUCCUGCCUCAGAACUGGAUUGAUCUGAGAACAGUAAUUAUGAGGCUGACCUGUAUGUUCUCCUUCAUCUUGCUGUUUGGAGCAGUUGGACUCGUUGUCUUCAUUCACCUGCAGGAUCCAGAAGAAAUAGUUCAUCAACAGACACCAGGGAUAAAAUAUAACAUGGGAUUCCAGCAACCAAAAAAAGACUGUGUUUCCAGCAAUAACCAGGAUAGAAGAUUAAGAAAAAAUACUGCAGACGGAGCAGUACCAGUAAAGCAGAGCAACUCAUUAGAGCCAUCUGAAAGUGUGCCCACCAAGCUUCAAAGCACAGACAGAAGGCAAAGCAGCAUCAUGUUUGCUAUGAAAGAUCAACAGAAAGGUGAAGAAACUGAUGCCAUCAGGCUCCAUAAACGCAGGAGGAGGUUUAUAAUUAAAAAGAGCCCAAUUCUGAUUUCCAUGAACAGCUCUGUUCUCAACCUGCCCACACUCAAAUCUGAGGACAGAAACAACAACAAGUGGAAAAGUCUCUAUCAGAUCCAAGGAGAAAGGAAGCGGAUUAUGAGGGAAACUUGUUCAAAAUACAAGAGUAAUAACAGAAGAAUAAUCACUCCUUAUCAUGUCUCUAGGAUAUUUGUAGAAGAUAAAUACAGAGUUUUAUACUGUGAAGUACCAAAAGCUGGCUGCUCUAACUGGAAACGGGUGCUCAUGGUGCUUAAUGGCCUGGCUUCUUCCACAAAAGAUAUCCAGCACAACACCGUGCACUACGGGAACUACCUGAAAAGGCUGGAUGGGUUUGAUCACAAGGGAAUUUAUCACAGGCUCAACACUUACACAAAGAUGCUGUUUAUUCGUGAACCUUUCGAAAAGCUGGUAUCUGCAUUUCGGGACAAGUUUGAGCAUCCAAACAACUACUACCACCCGGUGUUUGGGAAAGCCAUCAUUUCCAGAUACCGGGUCAACGCCACCAAAGAAGCAUUAAGGACAGGCUCUGGAGUCAAGUUUAAGGAGUUCAUUCAAUAUCUCCUGGAUGUACAUAGGCCAGUGGGUAUGGAUAUACACUGGGAUCAUGUCAACAGGCUUUGCAGCCCGUGUUUAAUAGACUACGACUUCGUGGGGAAAUUCGAAAGUAUGGAAGAAGAUGCAAACUUUUUCUUGCACUUAAUUGGUGCUCCACGAAAUUUAACUUUCCCCAAGUUUAAAGAUCGGCACUCCAAUGAAGAAAGAACUACCACUAAAAUUACACAACAGUAUUUUGCACAGCUUUCUCCUGCCCAACGACAACAAAGCUACGACUUCUACUAUAUGGAUUACUUGAUGUUUAACUACUCAAAACCUUUUGAAGACUUAUAUUGAUUUGAGAGCUGGGACAUUUCCACAGUCACAUCAGUUGAAUUGUAUAACAAAUCCAGGUGGUUUCUGUUUAUAUACACUUAUGUGUUAGUGAACAAUUGGUUGAAGAGCAGGAAAAAACACAAAAUAGAACAUAAACAGAUGUUUACACCUUCACCUUAAUUGCCUCCUUUUUCAAAUCAUAUUUUUUCUAUAAUUUCUCCAU